AGCUGUAUGGAGUCUGCAGAGUGGGCAACAGUGUGUAGUUUGUAGACUUUGGCCUUUCAACAACUAUACUUAUGAGUAUAUAUUUUGUGUAUCUUUAUCCAAGAGCAAAUAUGGAUAUACCCAAGGUAUGUGGACAGAAAAUUGCUGACUGCGUACGUGCAUUGCCAGAGAGCUGAAAAUGCUAUAUUUGUUUUGUACGGUUGAUUAAACAUUAUUAUUCUAGUAAGUCAGACCAUGGACCUAUUAUGGUCAGACAGACAGACAUUCUGUAUCAACAUACUAAAUGUAUUGUACUUAUUAAACAACUGUAGAUGGUUUCAGAAAGAACAGUAAAGGUACUCAGAAGUUGCUAUGCACACUUCCCUGUGGUGAGACUUUAGAAUAGGAUUUAAUAACAGCAGGGCUAUAUAAUGUGUCUUCAACAGGCCCACAAGGAAAUCAAGAUGUACAUUGUAUUUGCUGCUAUUAUACUUGUUGUCAAGCAAGCAUCUGCAAAUUGCAAUCAAGAAGGAAAAACUUGUGAAUGGAAUUUUUUGAUGCAUCAAUGUAGAUGUCAUAAUCUGGACCUCACCUGUAUUCCACCAAUCAUCUUAGAAUGUAAAAAUCUUAUCUCACUUCACCUUAGUAGCAACAACAUUACAAGCAUUAAUGCUAAAGAUUUGUAUCCAUAUGCUUCACUGAAAGAGCUGUUUCUGGCAAACAACAAGAUAACAUCAAUUGCUCUGGGAUCGUUUCAGUAUAUGACACAACUGGAGGGAUUGUAUCUUGAUGGUAACAUGUUGCCAUCACUUCAGAAUGAAGUUUUCAAUGGAUUAACAGGUCUGACACAACUGGAUCUUAGCUUUAACAAAAUUAAGUUGAUUGAAAGUAAUGUAUUCCGUGUUCUUGAAACAUUAGUAAGUCUGGAUCUUUCUGGGAAUCAACUUUCAGAAUUGCCAAGCAAUAUUUUUUUAAGUUUGUCUGACCUAAUCAGAUUAGAUCUUUCAAGUAACAUUUUCACACAAAUACCAGCUGUAUUUGAUGAUCUCAAGCAGCUUCAAAUGCUAAAUCUUGAAUCUAACAAUAUAAGCACUAUUAAAAAUAGAACAUUUGCUAAUCUGGAAAAUCUCCAGAAUUUAUACCUUGGCAAAAACAACAUAGAAAAUCUCCAACCGGAAAUAUUAUUGUCAGACACUAGUGGAAUGGAGUCUUCAGGUCUUCACUCAUUGACUGAGUUAGAUAUUUAUGACAAUAAUUUGAAAGAAAUCACAAAAGACUUCAUGCAACACCUUCCUGGCAUCGAAUCUUUGAAUCUUGCAGGAAACCAGAUCAAUUUCAUUGAAGCUGCAUCCUUUGGUGGUAUGGAUAAUUUACAUUCCUUAAAGUUGCGCCAAAAUCAACUGCAAUAUUUAAAUGCUGACAUUUUUAAAGAUGAAGAUUCAAUUUUAGAUGAAACUUGUGCAAAUAAAAAAAUAUUAAGGUAUUUGCAAGACCUGAAUCUUGCAGAAAAUAAACUUAAUUCUGCACCUUCAGCAGAUUUCUUUAGCAUGGUGCCCUCUUUACUAUAUCUAGAAAUGCAAGGAAAUCCCUUUCGGUGUGAUUGUGACAUCCUGCAAAUGGUAAACUGGUUCAACAAUAGUAAGCAUGUUCGAUCCACCAAAUAUGAUUUGGGAAAAUGUGCCAUGCCAUCAAAUUUAGAAGGAAUUGAAACUGCCACUUUGAACUCCUCAAGCAUGACCACUCCAUGCAAGAACACAUCCAUAAAAAACAGACAGACCUUAAUAUCAGCAAGUCCUGGUGAUGAAGUUAUCCUCAACUGCAGCACAAGUGGCUUUCCUAGGCCAAUCGUCUGCUGGGAGGUUCCAAAAAAUCUCAACAGUGCCAGCCUAGCCAUUACCCAAGAACAUGUAGUGAUUCACAGUGUUUCUGCUCAACAAGAAGGCAGUUAUGUCUGCUAUGCAGACAACAUUUUUAAUAAUGUAAGUGUUACUUACAAGGUGGAAGUGAUUGAUAAAUCAGAGAGUCAAGUAACCAGUGUAACUUUGACUAAUAAUGGGCCAAUUGAUUCUAAAAACAAAACAUCAUCCUAUGAUGGCAAAGUAAAUGCAUUGAAGACAUUUACCAUAACUGCAACAAUUUUGCUCUUUGCAACAGCAUGCGUCAUUAUCUACAUGGUUCGUUUCCAUGGAAAGCGAGCAUUAUCAUGCAGAAACCUUUGUACAGAGCAAGACAUCAGGAACCAAAGAAUUGCAAGAGACCAAAGACGUGUCUAUACAACAUUAGUUGAGGAAAGAGAUGAAAACAUAAAUCUUGAACUUUAAAGUCUGCAUCUGCAGUAUUGAUUGAAUGUACAGCUGACAAAUCUACCUUGUACAUGCAUGGUUUAUUUUUUGAUUGAUUACACAGCUGAAAAACCCACCUUGUAGUUAAAUGGGAUAUUUUUAGAUUUUAAGCAGGAAAAUCCAAUUAACUCUAUGUAAUAUGCAGCUGGUUAAUUUAAUAUAAAAAAAACUAUAUAUCUAUAUCACUAUUUAGCGAUUGUACUGAUUACUGACUUUAAUAUAAUAAAAAGUGCUUAAAAACAAAAAAUAAAAAAAAAGAAACUUAAAAAAAAAUGUUAUGAAAAUAAGUUUUAAAAUGUUAAAUGAUAUAUUAAGUAACAUUAAAAAUUAAAUUCCUUAGUGUUAACAUCAACAGUUCGCAGUAGAUUGUAGCAUGGCUCAGAAGUUGCGCCAAACAAAAAUGUAAAUGAAAUAUUAUUUUGA